CCCCCACCCCGGCGGCCCGGCCGCUGCCCGCGCCCAUUGGCGCUGCCGGCCGCGCGGGCUCCCAUUUGCCGGUACCGGAGCGCGGGGAGCCGCCCCGGCCGCCGCCGGAAGCUGCUCCGUGGGCCCGGCCCUGCGGCUGCGGGAGGAGCUGCCGGUCGGGGCUGCCGGUCGGGGCGGCGGCGGGGCGGGGAGUCUCGGGCCUGGCACCCCCUGCGGGGAGGGGGCCCCCGUGUCCGCCCCCCCCGCCGUGUCCGCGUCCCGGCCGCCUCCCGCGCUGCCUCCGCACGUUUCGCAGGGAAAAAGUUGCGGGAUCGCGCUGCUGCCGCGUGGGGCAGGGGGGGCGGGGUCGGCAGCGACCCCCGACGUGCAGCUCGUUCCCCCCCCCCCGUGAGCAGCCGGAGCGGGAGAUGACGACGCUGACGCACCGAGGACGGCGCCCUGAGGUGGGAAGGAACUCGGAAAAGAAACCAGACAGCGAGGAAGAUGCGGCCGCAGACAGAGACCUGCCCGAUGGUGACCCUGACGACUCCAAAGACAUCCGCCUGACGCUCAUGGAGGAGGUGCUGCUCCUGGGGCUGAAGGACAAGGAGGGCUACACAUCCUUCUGGAAUGACUGCAUCUCUUCAGGCCUGCGGGGCGGCAUCCUCAUCGAGCUGGCUCUGCGCGGCCGGAUCCACCUGGAGCCGCUCUCCAUCAGGAAGAAGAGGCUGCUGGAGAGGAAGGUGAAGGUGCUCUUGAAGUCAGACACACCGACUGGCGACGUCCUGCUGGAUGAGACCCUCCGACACAUCAAGGCCACGGAGUCUGCAGAAACAGUGCAGACCUGGAUAGAGCUGCUCACUGGGGAGACCUGGAACCCCUUCAAGCUGCAGUACCAGCUGAGGAACGUGCGCGAGCGCAUCGCCAAGGCGCUGGUGGAGAAGGGCAUCCUCACCACGGAGAAGCAGAACUUCCUGCUCUUCGACAUGACCACCCACCCCAUCAGCAACGCCACCGAGAAGCAGCGCUUGGUGAAGAAGCUCCAGGAGAGCAUGCUGGAGCGGUGGGUGAAUGACCCCAACCGCAUGGACCGCAGGACUCUGGCUCUCUUGGUGCUGGCCCACUCCUCAGAUGUGCUGGAGAACGUUUUCUCCAGCCUGGCAGAUGACAAGUAUGACGUGGCCAUGAACAGGACCAAGGACCUCCUUGAUAUGGACCCUGAGGUGGAAGCUGCCAAAGCCAGGGGUGCAGAGAUGAUCUGGGCUGUCCUGGCAGCCUUCAAUAAGUCCUAAAAAGCCCCCAACCCCCCCAGCCCCGUGGGGGAGCCUUGCCCCCUCAGCGGGAGGCCGGGAGUGAUCUGGCAUGGGCUUGCUGCAGCAGUGGGUGGGCUCAGCUUGGGGGGGCUGGGGGUUUCGCUCCCCCUGCCCCGGGCAGGGGUGAGAGGGUGAGCACCCAGCUGCGGGGGCAGGUCACGCUCCUCCCAAGGCUGGUGUCUCUGGGAGAGGCAGUGGCAGCUCUUCACCCCCCUUCCAGUGCUGCCCGCCGGUGGGGUCCUCCUUGGGCUGGUGUGGUGGUGGGAGGUGGCUGUGGGCCUGCGGGUGCCAAGCGGGCAGAAAUGGGGCUGCGGAGCCACCCGCGCUGCUGGUGCGUGGCCGUGGCUCCAUCUUCCCCGCAUGGGUCUUGCCCUUGAGCAGCCCGGGAUCCCCUGUGGGGCUGCUGGGGCCUUGGGGCUGGGAGCGGGGGGGUCGGGGCAGGGGGAGAGGGUGCUGGCCUGGGGCAGGAGGCUGGUUCAGGGGUUCCGGCAGCAGGGACCACCAGUGCGGACCACCUCAGGCACUGGCCCGGGGCCACGCAAAGCCCUGGGCACAGUUGCCAUCGAGGAGCAGCUCGGCAGAGGCUGGGGAGCCAUGUCCUGGGCUGACCCCCCCUGGGGCAGCCCCCCCACCGGCUGUGCCCCCUUGGGCUGAAGCCCCCCAGGCUGAGCCCCUGUUGCACACCUGCUCUUUCUAGCAAAAGGAAAAGUUUAACUGUGAUUUUUUUUUUU